GCUUUGCCUUCUGCCGUAACCGCCGGCUGCCUGAGAACCGCGGCACUGGGCUCUGAAGCUGCCUUCCUGAGCUUGGACCCGGUGAAGCGGGGUCUGGGGUGGAGGGUGGCCGGCGGGGCCGCGGCGGGAGGCGCAGACUCAUGAAAUGGCCACAGAUGAUAAGACUUCCCCUACAUUGGACUCUGCUAAUGAUUUGCCUCGAUCUCCUACUAGUCCUUCUCAUCUCACACACUUCAAACCUUUGACUCCUGAUCAGGACGAACCUCCUUUUAAAUCAGCGUAUAGUUCUUUUGUAAAUCUCUUUCGAUUUAACAAAGAGAGAGGAGAAGGGGCUCAGGGAGAGCAACAGUCUCUGAGUGGAAGUUGGACCAGCCCUCAGCUCCCUUCAAGGACACAAUCUGUGAGAUCACCUACACCUUAUAAAAAACAGCUUAAUGAGGAGCUCCAGCGGCGAUCUUCAGUGUUAGAGGACAGUUUGCGACACCCCCAGGAGAACACAGAUACCAGAAGGAAGGCAGAACCUGCCUUUGGAGGUCAUGACCCUCGUACAGCUGUUCAGCUCCGAAGCCUCAGCACAGUAUUAAAACGCCUCAAGGAAAUCAUGGAGGGGAAGAGCCAGGAUAGUGACCUGAAGCAAUACUGGAUGCCAGAUAGCCAGUGUAAAGAGUGCUAUGACUGUAAUGAGAAAUUUACCACUUUUAGGCGCAGACACCACUGCCGACUGUGUGGGCAGAUUUUCUGCAGUCGUUGCUGCAAUCAAGAAAUCCCUGGAAAAUUUAUGGGUUAUACAGGGGACCUCCGAGCCUGUACAUACUGUAGAAAAAUAGCCUUAAGUUAUGCUCAUUCCACAGACAGUAAUUCCAUUGGUGAAGACUUGAAUGCUCUUUCAGAUUCUGCUUCCUCUGUGUCUGUACUUGAUCCGAGUGAACCCCGAACACCUGUAGGGAGUAGAAAAGCCAGCCGCAACAUAUUUUUAGAGGAUGAUUUUGCCUGGCAAAGUUUGAUUCAUCCAGACUCCUCAAAUACUGCUCUUUCAACAAGACUUGUGUCUGUUCAAGAGGACGCUGGGAAAUCUCCUGCUCGAAAUAGAUCAGCCAGCAUUACUAACCUGUCAUUGGAUCGAUCUGGGUCUCCCAUGGUACCAUCAUAUGAGACAUCUGUCAGUCCCCAGGCUAACCGAACAUAUGUUAGGACAGAGACCACUGAGGAUGAACGCAAAAUUCUUCUGGACAGUGUUCAGUUAAAAGACCUGUGGAAAAAAAUUUGCCAUCACAGUAGCGGAAUGGAGUUUCAGGAUCACCGCUACUGGCUGAGAACUCAUCCCAACUGCAUUGUAGGAAAGGAGUUAGUCAACUGGUUAAUUCGAAAUGGACACAUUGCUACAAGGGCACAAGCUAUAGCAAUUGGACAGGCAAUGGUGGAUGGACGUUGGCUGGAUUGCGUCAGCCAUCACGACCAGCUCUUCCGGGAUGAGUACGCGCUGUACAGACCACUGCAGAGUACAGAAUUUUCCGAGACCCCUUCUCCGGACAGUGACUCAGUGAACUCUGUGGAAGGACACUCUGAGCCAUCCUGGUUUAAAGACAUCAAGUUUGAUGACAGCGACACAGAGCAGAUAGCUGAAGAAGGUGACGACAAUUUGACCAACUCUGCCAGUCCUAGCAAGCGCACAUCAGUCAGCAGUUUCCAGUCCACAGUGGACAGUGACUCAGCCGCGUCCAUCAGCCUGAACGUGGAGCUGGACAACGUGAACUUCCAUAUCAAGAAGCCCUCCAAGUACCCACAUGUGCCCCCUCACCCUGCUGACCAAAAAGAGUAUUUGAUUUCUGACAAUGGAGGACAACAGCUCUCAAUAAGUGAUGCCUUCAUCAAAGAAUCCUUAUUUAACCGUCGAGUUGAGGAAAAAUCCAAAGAGCUGCCUUUCACACCUUUGGGCUGGCAUCAUAACAACCUGGAGCUGCUGAGGGAGGAGAAUGGAGAGAAACAAGCCAUGGAGAGGUUGCUCUCAGCUAAUCACAACCACAUGAUGGCACUACUCCAGCAGUUGCUCCAUAGUGAGUCAUUGUCACCAUCUUGGAGGGACAUCAUUGUAUCACUAGUCUGCCAGGUUGUUCAGACAGUCCGACCUGAUGUCAAGAACCGGGAUGAUGACAUGGAUGUCCGUCAGUUUGUCCACAUCAAAAAAAUCCCAGGUGGAAAGAAGUUUGAUUCUGUGGUUGUCAGUGGGUUUGUUUGUACCAAGAAUAUUGCCCAUAAAAAGAUGAAUUCUUCUAUUAAAAACCCCAAAAUUCUUCUGUUGAAGUGUUCCAUUGAGUAUCUCUACAGAGAAGAAACUAAAUUUACUUGCAUUGAUCCUAUUGUGCUUCAGGAAAGGGAAUUCUUGAAGAACUACGUUCAGCGAAUAGUUGAUGUUCGGCCCACAUUGGUUUUAGUUGAGAAAACGGUAUCUCGAAUUGCUCAGGAUAUGUUACUGGAACAUGGCAUUACUUUGGUCAUUAAUGUAAAAUCACAAGUUUUAGAACGAAUCAGUCGGAUGACCCAAGGUGAUUUGGUGAUGUCGAUGGACCAGCUGCUUACAAAACCUCACCUGGGCACCUGUCACAAAUUUUACAUGCAGAUGUUUCAGUUGCCUAAUGAACAAACCAAAACACUGAUGUUUUUUGAAGGCUGUCCACAGCACUUGGGCUGUACAAUCAAGCUUAGAGGAGGCUCUGAUUAUGAGCUGGCUCGAGUUAAGGAGAUCCUAAUAUUUAUGAUCUGUGUAGCUUAUCAUUCUCAACUAGAAAUCUCCUUCCUCAUGGAUGAAUUUGCUAUGCCUCCUACAUUAACACCAAACCCCUCCUUCCAUUCUCUGAUUGAGGGACAGGAGGAUGAAGGGGCCGCACAAGAGCCAUUCAGCGGAAGUCCCCUCCCCCGGGAGCCUGACUUCCCUCCGGACUUUCUGCCCUCUGAUGAUAGCAGUUUGCUAGAAUCAAGGAUUCUGUUUGAGAAGGGUGAUCAGGAAACUAAAAGUGUGCCACAGGAUGUUGCCUCUUCGAAGCAUCAAGAGCAUGCCACAGCAGCUUGCCCAGCAGGCGCCCCCUGUGCUCUCUUUCCAUCGGUACCGGAAUCGUUGCUGCCGCUCCAUAUAGACGACCAACAGGAUGCCGUAGGCAGCGAGCAGCCAGAGGCUUUGCAGCAAACAGAGGAGCUGCAGGAUCCCAAAAGCCAGAUGAGAGCCUUCAGGGACCCUCUACAGGAUGACACUGGCCUGUAUAUUACUGAGGAAGUUACCUCCUCUGAAGAUAAACGAAAGACUUAUUCUUUGACCUUUAAACAGGAAUUGAAAGAUGUGAUCCUCUGUAUCUCCCCAGUAAUCACAUUCCGGGAGCCCUUCCUUUUAACUGAAAAGGGGAUGAGAUGCUCUACCCGAGAUUAUUUUGCGGAGCAGGUUUACUGGUCUCCUCUCCUCAAUAAAGAGUUCAAAGAAAUGGAGAGCAGGCGUAAGAAACAGAUGCUCAGGGAUCUCUCUGGCCUUCAGGGCAUGAAUGGAAGUGUUCAGGCCAAGUCUAUUCAAGUCCUGCCCUCACACGAGCUAGUGAGCACCAGAAUUGCCGAGCACCUGGGUGAUAGCCAGAGCCUGGGGAGAAUGCUGGCCGAUUAUCGGGCCAGAGGAGGAAGAAUUCAGCAGAGAAAUUCAGACCCUUUCGCUUAUUCUAAGGAUGCAUCGGGUACUUCAAGUGGCAAAUCCGGAAGCAAAAGUGAAGGUGACGAAGAGAAAGGGUUGAUUACAAGUGAUGCAGUGUGGUCAACAAAGGUGGACUGUCUGAAUCCUGCCAACCACCAGAGACUGUGCGUGCUCUUCAGCAGCUCUUCUGCCCAGUCCAGCAACGCUCCCAGUGCCUGCGUCAGUCCGUGGAUUGUAACAAUGGAAUUUUAUGGAAAAAAUGAUCUUACAUUAGGAAUAUUUUUAGAGAGAUACUGUUUCCGGCCUUCCUAUCAGUGUCCUAGCAUGUUCUGUGAUACCCCCAUGGUGCAUCACAUUCGACGCUUUGUCCAUGGCCAAGGCUGUGUGCAGAUAAUCCUGAAGGAGUUGGAUUCUCCAGUACCUGGAUAUCAGCAUACAAUUCUCACCUAUUCCUGGUGCAGAAUCUGCAAACAGGUAACACCAGUUGUUGCUCUUUCCAAUGAGUCCUGGUCCAUGUCAUUUGCAAAAUACCUUGAACUUAGGUUUUAUGGGCACCAGUACACCCGUAGAGCCAAUGCUGAGCCGUGUGGUCACUCCAUCCACCAUGAUUAUCACCAGUAUUUCUCCUAUAACCAGAUGGUGGCAUCUUUCAGUUAUUCUCCCAUUCGGCUUCUUGAAGUGUGUGUUCCACUUCCCAAAAUAUUCAUUAAACGUCAGGUGCCACUAAAAGUGUCCCUUCUUCAGGAUCUGAAGGACUUCUUUCAAAAAGUUUCACAGGUAUAUCUUGCUGUGGAUGAAAGACUCGCAUCUUUGAAAACUGAUACAUUUAGCAAAACAAGAGAGGAGAAAAUGGAAGAUAUCUUUGCACAAAAAGAGAUGGAAGAAAGCGAGUUCAAGAACUGGACUGAGAAGAUGCAAGCACGGCUCCUGUCUUCCUCUGUGGAGACCCCUCAGCAACUGCAGUCGGUCUUCGAGUCACUCAUCGCCAAGAAACAAAGCCUCUGCGAAGUGCUGCAGGCUUGGAAUAACAGGUUGCAGGACCUUUUCCAGCAAGAGAAGGGUAGAAAGCGGCCUUCAGUUCCUCCAAGUCCUGGAAGACUGAGGCAAGGGGAAGAAAGCAAGAUAAGCGCAAUGGAUGCAUCUCCACGGAAUGCUUCUCCAGGACUUCAGAAUGGGGAAAAAGAGGACCGCUUCUUAGCUACCCUGUCCAGUCAGAGCUCCACCAAUUCCCCCCACCUCCAGCUGCCCACUCCUCCCGAAGGCGUGCCUGAGCAGGCCGUGGGAGGGCCUCCAGAACUUGAUACCGCCAGCAGUUCCGAAGAUGUAUUUGAUGGACAUUUGCUGGGAUCCGCAGACAGCCAGGUGAAGGAAAAAUCAACCAUGAAAGCCAUCUUUGCAAAUUUGCUUCCAGGAAACAGCUAUAACCCUAUUCCGUUUCCUUUUGAUCCAGAUAAACACUACUUAAUGUAUGAACAUGAACGAGUGCCCAUUGCAGUCUGUGAGAAGGAGCCCAGCUCCAUCAUUGCUUUUGCUCUCAGUUGUAAAGAAUACCGGAAUGCCUUAGAGGAAUUGUCCAAAGUGACUCUGCGGAACAGUGCUGAAGAAGGGCUUCCAACAAACAGCACUUUAGACAGCAGACCAAAGAGUAGCAGCCCUAUUAGAUUACCUGAGAUCAGUGGAGGACAGACAAACCGUACAGCAGAAGUAGAACCACAACCAACCAAAAAGGCUUCUGGAAUGUUGUCCUUCUUCCGAGGGACAGCAGGGAAAAGCCCUGAUCUCUCUUCCCAGAAGAGAGAGACCUUACGUGGAGCAGAUAGUGCUUACUACCAGGUUGGGCAGACGGGCAAGGAGGGAACGGAGAAUCAAGGCAUUGAGCCUCAAGAUGAAGUAGAUGGAGGAGAUACACAGAAGAAGCAACUCACAAAUCCUCAUGUGGAGCUCCAAUUUUCCGAUGCCAACGCCAAGUUUUACUGUCGGCUCUACUAUGCGGGAGAGUUUCAUAAGAUGCGAGAAGUGAUUCUGGGCAGCAGUGAAGAAGAUUUCAUUCGUUCCCUUUCUCACUCUUCUCCGUGGCAGGCCCGAGGAGGCAAAUCAGGAGCUGCCUUUUACGCAACUGAAGAUGAUAGAUUCAUUUUGAAGCAAAUGCCUCGUCUGGAAGUCCAGUCUUUCCUUGACUUUGCACCACACUACUUCAAUUAUAUUACAAAUGCUGUUCAACAAAAGAGGCCCACUGCAUUGGCCAAGAUUCUUGGAGUUUACAGAAUUGGUUAUAAGAAUUCCCAGAACAACACUGAGAAGAAGCUAGAUCUCCUUGUCAUGGAAAAUCUUUUCUAUGGGAGAAAGAUGGCACAGGUUUUUGAUUUGAAGGGUUCACUUCGGAAUCGAAACGUAAAAACCGAUACCGGGAAAGAGAGUUGUGAUGUAGUCCUGCUGGAUGAAAAUCUCUUAAAGAUGGUUCGAGACAACCCUCUGUAUAUCCGUUCUCAUUCCAAAGCUGUGCUGAGAGCCUCAAUCCGUAGCGACUCCCAGUUCCUUUCUAGCCACCUCAUUAUAGAUUAUUCUUUGCUGGUUGGGCGAGAUGAUACCAGCAGUGAGCUGGUAGUUGGAAUUAUAGAUUAUAUCCGAACAUUUACAUGGGACAAAAAGCUUGAGAUGGUUGUGAAAUCAACAGGAAUUUUAGGAGGACAAGGUAAAAUGCCGACUGUUGUCUCUCCAGAGUUGUAUAGGACCAGAUUUUGUGAAGCAAUGGACAAGUAUUUCCUGAUGGUACCAGACCACUGGACAGGCUUGGGUCUGAACUGCUGAAACGAAGCACAUAUUUUGAAAUGGACCAGGGAGAAAAGGGACCUGGAACCAAGGACCAAAAAUAAGCUACAUGUUUUAUUCCUUCAUCACAUUCACCACUGUAUGCAAAGCCCUUUUAGUUCUGCGGCUGUGGAGGCCAUCUGUAGCCUGAAGGGUUAAAACUCCAUGGAUUUGCACUUUGGUUUUUGAUACCUACAAAUGAGCUAUCCAUAGGCUGGGACGUUGCAUGAACAUUUUGUUCACUUAAGCUGAAAUCUAGGCACAUUUUGAAGGGCUGAGGACAAAUGUAUGGUUAGAGAUGAGACAGGGUGAAAAAAUGGGUUGUCAUAUUUGCUAACAAUCCUGUUAAGAAAACAGUGUCUCAUAGAUUAUGACUCUCCCGGCAUCAUAUUGGACAGAUUCUUUACCUAGAAAGCAUUUGUAGAGCUGGUGAAUUUGUUUUGUGUUUCUUAUGUAACAAUUUAAUGUUACCUCUUAGCAGAAUUUCUGAAACCUUAAAAAAAUUCUGAAUUGUUUUAUUAAUGGCCAGUUAAACAAACAGAUUGGUACAAUCUAUUCUUGUUUUACUGAGGAAUUUGACUUAAAUUGAGAAUCCAGUCAUGUUCUGCAUCUUGCCCUGUUUUCAGGUGUGUUUGAUAUUUUUCAAGUUCUGUCUCUACUUGUCUGUGGGUGACAGGAGGCUACAGCCAUUAACUUUAAGCCUUUUUCUGGACCUGUUUUUUAAGCUUGUUUACAGCUUUUGUGCAAGUAGUAUGCUGAACUGCACUUGUCUACCCAUGCUCAUACUCUAGGUUUUCUCCCACUUUCAGGGAAACAUUAGUAAAUUAGUCUACAAUGACUAAAUCCCCAAAGGGAUAAUUAUUAAUGAAGGGUUUUUUUUAAUAUAAAAAAUAAAUUAGGCCUGAUCCAAUAAAUUGGGUGAAGGAA